ACUUUAGUCUCUGACCGCGAUGUCGGAAUAUUGGGUAUCACAUAAACGUUACCACUGCAAGUAUUGUAACAUCUAUAUAGCAGACGAUGUCCCAUCUAGGCAGCACCACGAGAAUGGAAUGCGUCAUAAAGGCAAUGUCGAACGUUUUGUACGCGGGCUGUACAAGGCUGGCGAGAAAGCUGUGAAGGAUAGGGACGAGGAGAAGCGUGAGAUGGAGAGGGUCAACAAAGCCGCAGCUGCCGCAUAUGCUCAAGAUGUAGGUGCUGGACUUGGGGGAGUCGGAUCAUCGUCUUCACGUGGUGCUCCUGCUGCAGCACCUGCACCAAAGAAGCCUCCAACAAAACCAAGCAAUCCGUACGCUAACUACUCAACGGCUGCAUCGCUGGGAUAUGCUGAUCCUGAUGCGGAGCGAGCUAAGGCAGAGGCGGAUGUGAGGCAAAAAAUGGGUGUCGCAGGAGAGUGGCAGUACGUUCAGAACUAUACAUCGGGAUCUCGUGCACCGAUACGGAAUGAGGUUCCAAGCGUGUCCGAAGAUGCCAAUGGAGAGACGACAGGGUCUUCUGAGGGUAACAGGAAACGUGAAGCACCGGUGGACGAUAUCGAGGACGAGCGUGUUUUCAAGCUGAGGAGGAAGACAGUUGGCAUUGGAUUGGGAGACUUGUAUGACCCGGGCAUUAUUCCUAUCAAGCUUAAGGUGAAGAAAGAGGAAUCGACGGAACCGCAGCCUGCUUCAUCGAAGACUGUUAUCGAAAAUAUCAAGGCGGACGACAUACUACCUACUGAUUCAAAGGUGAAGAUAGGAUGGAAACGUGCAGCAUUUCAACCGGCCGCCUAAGUACCAUAGUGUUUGCUCCCGUUGAGAACUGACUUGCUGCUGAAAUCAAUCACAUAGUCGUUCUCCGAACCUUGAAACUAUCUUCGGUCGACCGUUUUGGACAAGUGAUAUUACUCUCGAAUUCCAAGUGACAGCGAACUGAAAGAUCUUGCUUACCACGCUGAUCAUGGCAAUGCUGGCGAGUUUCCUGUUGCUGGAGAUCAUCGUGCCCAAAAUACACCUGUCUAAAUCAAGCGACAUCAUUUUUGAUCUUCUCAGUCCCUUCCAGAACUCCCUCCUGUUGUCCACCAGCGCGCAGGCAGUUCCGGUAUCAAACACUUCGUAGGCUAUGCACAUGUGGCAGUGUACAAGGUUGGGAUGAAAACCGCCCAACAGUUGUGAUCAUUCGUCCAGAUGGGACCUUUUGUUACUAGUGCUCGGUGGGAUUGAUAGGCGAGGGACCGACUUUAAAAUAUAGUAUUCGUGUGUAUAGCAGCCUGAGCAGG